AAAAUUGUACUGAACUGUCAAGUGUCAAAUACCGAUCAAGCAAACGUCAACUAUCUGUCAAAUGAAAAUUACCAAAUUUUUUCCUUUACCGGGGGUAUAGGUUAGUUUUAGUUUUACUUGUAAAUUAAGAAAAAUUAGAAAAUAAAAUGUUAUUCUUCAGAAGUGUGAGGCAUCUGUACCUAACCAAACGCAAUUUUGCUGCAGAAAAAUCAUUGUUGGCUACUCUGCGGAAAAAAACAGGUUACACCUUUGCCAACUGUAAAAAAGCUCUAGAAAUGCAUAACAACAAUUUAGGAGAAGCAGAACAAUGGUUGAAACAGCAAGCCCAAGCUCUAGGUUGGUCCAAAGCCACCAAACUGGAAGGAAGACAGACUACACAAGGACUUAUUGGAGUGGCGAUAGAAAAUAACGCUGGGGUGUUGGUUGAAGUGAAUUGUGAGACAGAUUUCGUCGCUAGAAAUAAAGAGUUUCAGAAUAUGGUUGAAGAAACAGCCAUGAGUUGUUUGCAAUUUGCCAAAACUCAACAAAAUUCAGCAAGUCAGUAUAAUACAAAGAUAUGUUUGGACAGUGAGCAGCUGAAGAAUUUGAAGGCAGGUGAUGGUAAAUCUCUAGCUGAUAGAUUAGCACUUAUGAUUGGAACUGUAGGAGAGAAUGCUAGUUUGAAGAGAGCCAUGUGUAUCAAAGCAGGAGAUGGGAUUCACUUAACAGGUUAUGCCCAUCCAUCUGGCAGCACGAGCAAUAAUGUACAGUUAGGGCGGUUAGGAGGACUAGUGGCUUAUAAAGCACUAGAACACAAUGAAACUACAUCUGAAGUUAGUAGGGGCCUCUGUCAACAUAUUGUCGGUAUGUGCCCCACAAAAAUCGGUUCUGACGACGACAAACCUUCCACAAACAAAGAGGAAGAGACUUGUCUCAUCCACCAAGACUACCUUCUAGAUGAUACCGUGACCGUGGACGAGGUUCUUAGAGAUAACGAUAUGGAAGUGAUCGAUUUUAAGAGGUUCGAGUGUGGAGAAACUUCCAAGGCAAGAGGGGAUCAACCGUUGGAGUACGUGGAGACAUGUCAGUAGAAGUUUUCAGUGAAUGUGUAUAUAUUGUUUGUUAUAUUUUAAAUUAAAAUGUGAUAUAGGACAA